GCGCACUUGCUAAACACUUUCUGUUUCUUUCUUGUGUUGUUCAAUCCAACUCUGCUUUCAUUCUCCAUAAGCUAUGGCUGAUGCAAUACUCAUUGAAUUCUUCAAGGCGGUGGGCUAAUUCGUUUUUGAGGUAGCUAAGCAAGAGAUGGGCUCAUUCUUUUUUGAGGCAGCUAAGCAAGAGAUCAACUUGCUAGUUGGCGUGGAUGAAGAAGUCCAAAAGCUUCAAGGCAAGCUCGGAAAGAUCAAGGCAAUGCUGGACGAUGCUGAGGAAAGACAUGCUGUGAAGCAGCGUAAUGAGAAGCUUUGGUUAGAGCAGCUCCAAAAUCAGUACUAUGAGAUGGAUGACAUCUUGGACACCUGGAACACUGCAAGGAUCAGAGCAGAGAUUGAGAAAGAAGAAGGAAAACCAGCUGAUACUAACGCUCUUGCUGCUGUCAAGAAGAAGGUAUGGUCCUUCGUCCCAUCUCCAUUAUGUUGGUUUAACCCUCCUCUGCGUCAUGAUGUUGGUCACAUGAUAAGAAAACUGAAUGAAAAGUUUGAUAUGAUUGUCAAAGACAAAGCAACCUAUGGGAUUGACUUUGAUAGGCAACCUGAUGUAGUUGAGCGACCAAAAGCUACGUCCUUUGUGGAUGUGUCCGAAAUAAUAGGCCGUGAUAUCUAUAGGGAUGAUCCACUAAGAAACCUGUUAGGUGUGGGUAGUCUAGAAGAAACAAAUUCUUAUCGUGUCAUCUCCUUAGUGGGUAUGGGCGGUAUUGGAAAAACAACUCUUGCCCAAUUAGCCUACAAUCAUCCUGAUGUGCAAGCCCAUUUUCCAAAAAGAAUGUGGAUUUGUGUUUCUGAUCCUUUUGAUCAGUGCGAGGUUGCCAAAGCAAUCAUUAAUAAGAUUGCCCCUGGCCAUCGAUCUCUCAAAUAUAGUGAUUUGGACGAUCUCUUGAGUGAAAUUCAUAAUUUGAUUAGGGAGAUGAAGUAUUUUCUUGUCUUAGAUGAUGUGUGGACUGAAGACUCCCAAAAAUGGGAGCCGUUCAAACAUGCUCUCAAAAAUGGUGUUCAUGGUAGUAGAAUUCUAGUAACCACACGUAAACAUAGAGCUUCAGAGGUGAUGGGGAGUGACCUCCCAAUAAAUUUGGAGGUAUUGUCUGAUGAAGACUGCUGGUCAGUUUUAAGUAAAAUAGCAUUUUCUAAUGAGGAGCAACUUAGGUGUCUAGAAGAUAUUGGUAGAAAACUAGCAAUUAAGUGUAAAGGCUUACCGCUAGCUGCAAAGCUUCUAGGUAGCCUCAUGCAGAAAAACAGAAGUAGAGAACAAUGGAAUAAGAUUUUGGAUAGCAAUUUGUGGGAAGUGGAAGAUAUUGAAAAUAUUCAAAAAAGCAUUUUGGCACCAUUGAUUUUGAGUUAUUAUGAACUAACCCCAACAAUGAGACGUUGUUUCUCAUUUUGUUCAGUCUUUGCAAAAGAUUAUUUCUUUCAUAAAGAUGAAUUGGUCCUCCACUGGAUGGCACAAGGAUAUGUUGAGUCAAAGACAAAUAUGGAGAUGGAAGACAUGGCAGAAGCAUACUUUGAAAAGUUGGCCCUGCGCUCAUUCUUCCAAGAUUUUAAGACAGAUGAAGAUAAUGAUGGCAAGAUAAUAGGUUGCAAAGUGCAUGACUUUGCUCAAUAUAUGACCAAAAAUGAAUCCUUUGAAAUUCAUGGUGAUAAGAAGUUGGAGAUAAAUUGUCAGAGUGCUCGUCAUUUACACUUAGAAAUUUCUAAAGAAAUGCAACAUCUUGAAUCCAUCUAUCAUGCAAAAAGUCUACGCACUCUCUUUCUUCUUUCACAUGAGAGGGAUUAUGAGUUUGAGAUGCUCCUAUCAAACUUAUUCCAUCAUUUUAAAUGUUUACGAACAUUAAUUUUGGAUUGUCCAAUUAAAAAACUUCCAGAUGCCGUGAAAAAUUUGAUACAUUUAAGGUGUCUUUUUAUUUCUAAGAAUGUUGAAAUAGAAGAAUUGCCUGAAACCUUUUGCAAUCAAUGUAAUUUACAGACUUUGAAAAUUGAGAAUCAUUCUUAUUUGAAGAAAUUACCACAAGGGAUGGGUAAACAAAUUAAUUUAAGACAUCUUAUACUUAAUCGUUUUCAUUCGUUCAAUGUGGUAUUUCCGAAAGGGAUUGGGAAAUUAAUUGGUCUUAGAACAUUAAGUGUUUUCAACAUAGGUGAUGAGAAUGAUAGAGAAGGAUGUAAACUUGGAGAGUUAAAAAAUUUGAAUCAACUUCGAGGGACUCUUACAAUAUAUGGGUUGGAAAAUGUGGUAAAUGUGGAUGAGGCUCAUAAUGCACAAUUGAAAGGUAAAAUAUAUCUCCGUGGAUUGGAGCUAAAGUUUGAAAAGCCAACUUUCUACGGACGUGAAGAAAGAAUGGAGAAUGACGUAAAAUUAUGGACUGCCUUAGAGAUGCCACCAAACUUGCAGCGUUUAACAAUUUGGGACUACCAGGGCAACACAAUUUUUCCUAAUUUGGGGCAGUUGCCAUUCCUUGAAGAAUUAGUUAUAAAAGGGCUUGAUAAUGUGAAGAAGGUGGGAGAUGAAUUUCUGGGAAUAGGAGAUUCCAAAAACAAGAAAGACUACGGCAUCGUAUUCCCAAACCUGAAAUCUCUCAAAUUUUUGUAUAUGAUAAACUGGGAAGAAUGGUAUUGUUACAAAUCCAAUAAUAAUGCCACGUCUUCAGUCCUUGAAAAUUGAUGCCUGCGGCAAGCUAAAGUCUCUGCCAAACUACUUGCGUACUGCUCCAUUAUUGAUGAAUUUGGUUAUUUCUGGUUCACGGCUUCUUCAGGAACGUUGCCAAAGAGGGACCGGAGAGAACUGGCACAAGAUUUCUCAUAUCUCUAACAUCAAGUUGGGUUGGAACUGGGUGCAAAGAAACGGUGAACCCCAGUUUGAUUCAAAGACCUCAAAUCAACAAAAUGAAUUUGGAGCAGAAAUCAGUGACAAAGAUGAUGUUGGGGCUGGCUCAGCUGAGUGUGUGGUGGAUGAACGAGUGGAAGUAGACAAUGAUGAGGGUCCGGAGAUCUGUGAUGCAGACAGAUAAUAAGAGCAAGGUGUUGAAGUGGGCAAGAUUUUUGAAGAUCACAAAGGAGGAGCUGGUGGAUGACCGAAAUUGAGGACCUGGUUUUUUUAGUAAUCACCGUGAGAGAGAAAAGGACAUUAAAAGUCUCUUUUGUGGAUGUUUGAUGGAUGUUUGAGGGUGGCUUUGGCUCUCUCUUUUGCUUCGUGCCUCUGAAUCAAAAAAAAUAAACCCUCCCUCCAACCAUCUCCAUUGCGACACUCUUCAGGGAAGGUUUGGAUGGAGUAUGGGAGUGGGAUUUGUCCAUUACAAGCCUGCCCUGUAUUGAGCAGCAAGCAGACUGUUUGAACUAGUCUAAAAAGGUUAAGAAAAGAUGUGUUGGCCAAGGAUGAAGCAGAAAGUCAGAAACCUCUUUGGCUAUUAAUGGACUUGUGCCUGAAGGAGAGUGGAGGAUUUGGAAAUAAGCUACUGUAGGAUGUGAGUCUGUAUAUCUCAAAAAUCAAGGUGAAGGAAGUGCUGGAGUGUUAAUAAUGUUCGAUCAGCCAGCAGUAUAUGAAUGCUUUUGUUCAUCAUCCCUUGGUGAUUCUCCUAACAGCUUUGGAGGCUUUUAGCUAUAUUAUGGCAUGUGAAAUGACAAUAUCAAUUGGUGCAUCUGGUGCACUUUUUGUACUAUUGGGAGCCAUGGUUUCUAGGCUUUUCACUAAUUGGACAAUCUAUGCAAAGAAGGUAGCAUUUUUGUUUUGCUCUUUAUUGCCUAGUAACAGUGACAGUCCGAGACUCAAAGCUAAGGUUUUAUCGGAUUAACCUUCAUGGGCAAAACAAUUUAAACUAAUUGGAUGAUGUUGUGUACCACAUUGAAAACGCUUCAACUUAUUAUGUGCAAAAAUUUAGGGCAUUUGCCUUCUUUGGGGCUGUUGCCAUUCCUUGAAGUAUUAAGCAUAUCGCUCUUUAAUUUGAAGAGGGUGGGAGAUGAAUUUCUGGGAAUAGAAGAUUCCAAAAACGAGAAAGACUAUGACAUCAUAUUCCCAAACUUGAAAUCUCUCGAAUUUGUGUAUUUGAGAAACUGGGAAGAAUGGAUUGGGAUGGGAGGAACAGGAGAAGAAGAAGAAGAAGAAAAUGAUAAUGGUAUUGUUACAACUCCGAUAAUAAUAAAGAUAAUGCCACGUCUUCAGUCCUUGAAAAUUUUUUACUGCUACAAUCUAAAGCUCCUGCCAGACUACUUGUGUACUGCUCCAUUAUUGAAGGAAUUGGAGAUUUUUGGAUCCCUACUUCUUGAAGAAAGUUACAAAACAGGGAUUGGAGAGAACUGGCCCAGGAUUUCUCACAUCCCAAACAUCAUAUUGGGUUGGGUGUAUGUGCAAAUAGACGGUGAACCCCAGAAUUGAUUCAGACAGUCAUUCAGAGACUGAUGAUAGUCAACACAAUGAAUUUGGACUAGAAAUCAAUGACAAAGAUGAUGUAGAAGAAGUUAAUGACAAAGAUGAUGUGGUUGAGGUGGACAAGAAUCAUGAGGAAGUUGGGGCUGACUCAGCUGAGUUUGUGUGGAUGAACAAGUGGAAGUAGACAAUGAUGAUGGAGAUCUGUGAAGCAGACAGUACAUAUUAUGAGAUUGGAUAAUAAUAGCAAGGUGUUGAAGUGGACAAUUUUUUAAGAGCGCAAAGGAGGAUCUGGAGGAUGACAGAAAUUGAGGACUUGUUUUUUGAAUAAUCACUAUGAGAGAGAGGAGGAAUUUAAAAGCCUCUUUUGUGGAUGUUUGAGGGUGGCUUUGGCUCUCUCUCUUUUGUUUCAUUUCUUCACUCUUGCCUCUGUAUCAAAACAAAUAAACCCUCACUCCCACCAUCUCCAUUUCCACACUCUUUUUGGGUUUGUGUUUUUUACUUAUUCCACAUCCUCUUGUUGUAAUUGAUCUGAUCGUAAUUUCGAGUCCAUGUUUUCAUCACACCCAGCAUAUUACUUGAUCAUGGCAGUGAAGUGAAAUUAAAUGGUGGAAGAGCUUGGCAUAAAGAUGAUCUUCAUAUAUUAAUGACAACAUCCAGUCCCUCCAAUACUGUUUCUGUUGCAGUUUUAAAAUAUGGAAGGUUUUGAUGGAGUAUGCAAGUGUGAUUUUUCUGGGUUGGUGAUUUGCCCAUUACAAGCCAGCCUACCCAUUGAGCAGCAAGCAGACUGUUUGAACCUAGUCCAAAAAGGUUGAAAAGAGAUGUGUUGGCCAAGGAUGAAGCAGAAAGUAAGAAACCCAAUUGGCUAUUAAUGGACUCCGUAAAUGACCACCAUUGGUCAAUCCAGGGUGCUACAUGGGGCACAGCCAUCUGGCAGUUCAGAACCUAGUCAAUUAAUAUUCUCAUUAAUGGUCUUAUAUCUUUCUGACACAUUUCUCUUCCAUUAACAAGUCUUAAUCAAAUCAGCCAAUUUAUAAAGAGAAGUUAAAUUAUCUUCACCUAAAUCAAGAUUGAUAGCAUUGUAUGCUAAUUGUGAUAAGGACUUGUGCUUGAUUCCCAAGUCAUCCUUUUACCUUGAAAGAGAUGGUCUAGAAUUUGGAAAUAAGCUACUUGAGGAUGUGAGUCUAUAUCUCAAAAAUAAAGAUAUGGAUUCUGGGGUGUAUUCUCUUGCUUCAGUGUUAAAUGUGUUGUUUGUCAAGCCUAGCAAUUGUGAGUAGAUCACCUUUGAAAGUUAGUAGAGGAAGAACUUUAAGACGAGUAUUUGUGUGGUAACUAAUUCAACUUUAAGGAAACUUUGCAGUUGGCAUUAUGCAUACCUGUGAAAGAAGUGCUAGAGUGUUGAUAAUGCUCAAUCAGCCGGUGGUCUAUGAAAGCUUUUAUUCAUCAUCCCUCGGUGAUUCUCCUAACAGCUCUGGAGGCUUUUGGUUAUAUGAUGACAUGUGAAAUUAAAAUGUGUAUUGCCGCAUCUGGUGCACUUUUUGUACUAUUGGGAGCCAUGGUUUCUAAGCUUUUCACUAAUCGGACAAUCUAUGCAAAUAAGGUCUUGACUCCUAUAUGUAGUGUGCAGCACUUGUAACGCUCAUACUCAUUAUAGCCAUAAAUUUGCCCCUCGGAUUUCUACCUCAUGGACAAUUCAGCUCAAAUUGAAGGAUUCUAGUCAGGAUUUCCCCUUGGCUUGGAUAUGUAAGCCACAAAUAAAUUCCUCCAAGAUAUGAAAUGAAGCAGAAAUCCAGGCACAAGUGCUAUCAAUACCUUUUAUAGCAUUACUGCUUUACUCCUCUAAAUUCUUGG